AUGUAUAAAACAGCUAAAUUGUUAACACCUCACCUAUCUAAAAUCACAAAUGUAAGACAUAGUACGUGUGCGCCAAUAGCCAUUAAUGGUUUUGGUCGUAUUGGAAAAUGCUUGCUGCGAUUGGCUAUGGAAAAAGACAUCAAUGUGGUUGCCAUUAACCAGCCUUUUUUUGAUAAUAAACAAAUAGCGAGUUCGUUUCAAAAUGACACCGUACAUGGACCAUAUGAUGGGAAAAUAGAUGUUCAAGAUAAAUGUAUAGUUGUAAAUGGGAAAACUAUAGAUAUUUUCCACGAAACCAAGCCGGAAGACAUCAAGUGGAAAGAUGCUUCUGCAAGUUACGUUCUUGAGGCAUCGGGACAGUUCACCACGGUGGAGUUGGCCAAGAAACAUAUAUCCGCAGGGGCAAAGAAGGUUGUCAUAACUACUCCCAGCAAAGACGCUCCGAUGUUCGUCAAAGGAGUGAAUUUCGACAACUACUGUAAAUCUAUGGAAGUCGUAUCGAACGCAUCUUGCACUACUAAUUGCGCGGCUCCGUUGAUUAAGAUAUUGCACGAUAAGUUCUGUGUAAAGAGCGGUUUACUCACUACCGUACAUGCUUUAACAGCUUCACAAACCAUUCUCGACGCGUUGAAAAAUAGGUCCGGUCCUGGUAAUGCUGUUCCAAGUACGACUGGAGCCGCUAAAGCCGUAGGAAUAGUAAUACCGGAACUGCUAGGCAAAAUACAAGGAGACGCUGUCAGAGUGCCAACAUUGGACGUUUCCCUGUUGAAGCUCUUCGUCAACGUCAAAAAAGAUGCCAGCGUGGACGAAAUUAAAAAAGAAAUAGUAGACCAAGCAGAGGGAUGCAUGAGUGACGUUGUUUAUUACAACGAAGGCCGUAAUGUAAGCGCCGAUUACAUCGGUUGCCAGUUCUCAGCUAUAGUAGACUUCAAUCAGAUAAAUGUGAUUGACAAGUUCGUCACAAUUGGCGCGUGGUACGAUAACGAAAUGGGAUACGCUAGUAGAGUGUUAGAUCUCGUAAGACAUAUGAUUGAAAAAGAUGGCCAGUGA